AUGAAAAUGGGAACUCUUAGUAAACUGACCCCAGAAACUAGUUCCCAGGAAAAAGGGUUUGGCAAAGGGAGAGCCCAGGGAGUUUAUGCUUCCAGUGCCAAUGUACAAAGGCACCAGGCAGUGUGCAGGGAGCGAGGACACAAACACAUUACUUUGCUCUCAGAUGUCAUUCACCCCCACUCAACUACUGCCCCGGAAAAGGCACUUCCUCUCCCCAGUGCCUGCAGUAGAAGCCCAGUCUGUUGCUUACCCUUUGAAGGCCUCCCUGAGAAUGCAGUUGCCAACUUCCAGGACCUAUCAAAUGGGCUAUCCCCUCUCUACUAA